UUCACUAGCGCGAGAGCGUCAGAGAUUCUCCUCAGAUUGGAGUCAGAUAUGAAAGGUGUCGCUCAUACAAUCAUUCUCUCUGUGUUUAUUCUCUUUCUGGACUCUAAAGGCUGAUCCUGAGGAUGUAACGACAAGAAAAGCACAUUAAAGAGCGGAGGCGAAACUUUAACGCGUUUAAAAUUCUCAUCUUCAUCACGAGACUCGCCAGUUAUAUGAAACUUUGUUGUUGUUUUUUGUCAGAUGAUUUAUUAAGAUGUUGUCUUUAUAUUCUCUUGUCAUUCUGCUUUCCUCAGUGAGAGUGUGUGUGUUGAGGGUCAGUGCUGGUCCGGUUCUGCUGGAGAGGAGUUCCCAGUGUCACUCCCAACUCAAACAUCUUCACGCCAGACAGCAAGUGACGGUCCAGAUCCCACCCGACAUCUCCGGGCACUGGGUGUCCGACAGCUGUGAGGUCCGACCCGGCCCAGAGUUCCUGACCCGCUCCUACAGCUUCUACCCGAACCACACGUUCGAUGCGCUCCAGUUCUACUACGAGGACAGCCGGUGUCGCCAGCCGGUCUACAGCCUGCGGGUCCGGGGCGGCUUCGGCCCGGCUCAGGCCUCCUGGCUAGUGCGUGGGGCCGCGACGUGCGACUACUGGCUAACUAGCGUCACGCUGCUGUGUCACGGGCCGGCGUCGACCGAGCUCGUCCAGCGGCGCCUGGAUCCGGCCUGUGCGCGGCAGAUCCGGCUGAGACCCGGCGAGGCGUUCGAGAUGUGGGCGGAGCCUCUGGACUGCACCCGCGGGCUCGGCUUCACCAUGCAGGAGCUACGGCUGAUGCGCGUGGAGCGGCGCGGUCGCCAUGGCGACGCCGGUGGACGGGUGGAGGAGGAGCUGUUCCUCGGAGACGUUCACACUGAGCGCGCUCAGAGGAGACUCCACCAGCCCUCGGGCUACCAGACCCCGCUUCACAGCGCCAAGAGCGAUGAGCGGAUCUGCCAGAUCGUGGCGGCGGCCGAUCUUCGUCAUCCUCCGCUUCUGCCGGCCCAGAGCGAGCGUCCGGUGCGUCUCGACGGGACCUGGGUGAGCGUGCGGUGCGAGGCUCGACCCGGCGUGCUCUUCCUCACCCGCCGGCUGGCCUUCCACGAGCACACACACACCUGGGAGGGAGAGUACGAGCACUUCUCCGACCCCGUCUGCCGGCACCCCACCUUCAGCAUCUCCGCCAGCGGACGCUACACCCGCGGGGACCCGUCGCACACCAUCAGGGGCGCCGUCGAGUUCACCUUCACCGUGACCCACAUGACGGUGACUCCGAUGGACGCCGCCACGACGUCUCUCCUGAGUGUGUUCAGCGGGCGCGUGAGUGUGUGUGGCGAGGGCUCGUGGGAGCGCGGCGUUCCUCAGGACGUGACCUCGACGGGCGGGUGUGUGGCGCUGGGGAUCCGCCUGCCUCACACCGAGUACGAGCUCUUCACCAUCGGCCAGGACUCCUCCGGACACACUCUGCUCUACAACGGCCAGAGACCCACCAACGGCUCCAGUCCGGACCGGGUCGAGCGCCGGCCCACGUCUUUCCAGCCGCCGCUGACCCGCUGUGACCCGCCGCACGCCGGCCGAGAGGGAGAUCAGCACUUCAGACGCAGCGCCGCGAGCCACACACAGAUCAUCGGCGGAUUCGUCCUGUUGGUCGUACUGCGUGUGUGUGUGCAGCUGGACGUCUGAGCAGAGACGCUCUCGAUCACCGUUUGCACAUAUGUUAUAAACACUGAUCAUCAUAAAGGUGAGCCGACUAAAAACCAAAAACAGUGAGCAACCAACGGACUGAACGGGAACGGGUUGAUUAGCCAUGCAUGCGCGCUAGCGGAGUUACCGUUCACUCUGUACCGUCACUUAUACUUGAGCUCAUCAUGAAAUAAUGUUUCUCAGAGAAUCACCGCUGUAAAUAUCCAAGCUGGAAACUGCAGUGGUUAUGGGAUUACAGCAAAGGACCUGAUUGAAACCUGGUCUCAUGAUGCCUGAGUGAAACCUGUGACCCCUACCGUUAUAAUCUUACACUUCAGGGUUAUUAUAGUGAACUAAAACAAUACAAUACAAUGAAAUAGUUGACUCAAACAAAUUAUUGUUUGGAGCUGAAAAGGCAACAUUUGUCAUUUGCAUUUAGUUUAAAGUGUUUAUAUGUAGAAUUCGUUCUUCAUUUAAAGUAAAACGUUGCAGCGCUAUAUACUGUUAAACAACCGUUCAGAAAACAUCGGCAUUAAAAUUACACUAUUAUAGAGAAUAUAUGAGACUAAUUUUAAUCAAUCUUUUGACACAUCGACGUUAACGUACAGAACGGUUUAAUAACAUCAUCAUGAACAUUGUAUAAGUCGCAGAAACGUAAAUGUCAUCAUUAAUCAUAACUUAUGCUGAAAUCAGUCGAACCGACGUAAUUAAUAAAAACUUCAUAGACAGAACUGACAAAAAAAAAAUACUAGAACUAAAAUUAAAAUAUUAAAUUAUAUUUUUAAAAAAACUUAAAUUAUUACAGUAUUGUGAUACUUAAGCACUUACACUUCAGGGUUAUUAUAGUGAACUAAAACAAUACAAAUAAUCCAUACUUGAAAUAGUUGACUCAAACAAGUUAUUGUUUGGAGCUGAAAAGACAACAUUUGUCAUUUCCAUUUAGUUUAAAGUGUUUAUAUGUAGAAUUCGUUCUUCAUUUAAAGUAAAAAGUUGCAGCGAUAUACUGUUAAAUAACAAUAAACAACCGUUCAGAAAACAUCGACAUUAAAAUUACACUAUUAUAGAGUAUAUAUGGGGCUAUAAUUUGAAUCAAUCAAUCUUCUUACCGUACAGAACGGUUUAACGUCAUCAUCGCAGAAACGUGAAUGUCAUCAUUAAUCAUAACUUAUGCUGAAAUCUGUCGAACCGACGUAAUUCAUAAAAACUUCAUAGACAGAACUGACAAAAAAAAUACUAAACUAAAUUUAGAAUAUUAAAUUAUAAAAAAAAAAACUUAAAUUAUUACAGUAUUGUGAUACUUUAGCACUUACAGUUCAGGGUUAUUCUAGUUAACUAAAACCAUUUUAAUCUACAGUAAAAAAAAAAACAAUGAAUUUUAUAAAAACUAUAUAAACAUUAAAAAAAAAAAUUCUAAAAUGACAAAAUCUAAAAACUCUACUUUUUAUCAAAUACUAAAUUGGCAGUUUUGCUUCUGAUGAUUCUUUAAGUAAUUUUGUAGAAUAAUGUAUUAUUUUUGUUUCUAUCGACACAUUUCCAGCGUAUCAUUUAAUAGUGAGAUGGUUUGAGCUGAAGCCGAGCGUCAUGUGAUGUGCAACACACACACACAGAGAGAGACAGAGACGAGCUGAAGAGUGUGUUAAAGAUUCUUUAUUUCAGCCACGUUCAUCACCACGGGACACGACUGCAACAUGGCGCUGUACUCAGUCAAGUUGCCUCACAAUUGAAUAUAUAAUCUGCAUAAAGAAAUCCAUGAAACGACUGGAAUGGGUUUGUGUCAGCGGGAAAACAUGUCUUUCCCAGCGGACCUCGUCACAUUCAAGAAAAUAAACGUGGAACGUGUGUGUCACGUGACCAUCCGGCGACAAAGUAGCGAAGACGACUGGUUUGUUUUUCUUUUAUUAACGAUGAAUCUGCAUUUCCCAUUUUUCUCAACAGAAUCUAAAAGAACAUGUACAUGACACACUUAAAACAUUCCAUUAAACGCUUUAAUAAAACCACAGAGAAAAAGAGAAACACGUCCUUUUAUUUAUUCAUAGGUUGACUUGUCAAGGU